AAAUGAUUAGACUAGUUGGCAAUUGUUGGAUGAAUGGACUGAGUUUUCCCCUGCUCAUGCCAUCCUAUAUUUAACCCAGUUCAGAUUGGGCUAAAAAAAAAAUUUGGGAAUUUUAUAUGACAAAUCCUGCAUAGGCUGUAAAUAGGCACACACAGCCUAUUCUCUUCGUCAUUUAUUGAGCAGACCUUCACAUUUGGUUCUAUAUGCUAAAACUGGAGCAAUUGGAUUUCUUCAGUUCAGAUGAGUCUGACAGCGGAUUCCCCGGCACACUCAUCAAGCAGUGAUGAUCUUGCGGCCUUCUUAGAUGCAGAGUUGGAAACUGCUUCUGGUACAUCAUCUGAGCUGGAAGAUGUGGAAGCAGGAGUAGAAGAGGGAGAGGAAGAGGGGAAGGAUGAUGAACAAUAUGAAGAUGAAAAUGAAGAUUGGGGAGAAGAUGGUGAUGGCAAAGACGACUCAGAUGCUACUAGGAUAAAAAGGCGCAGGGUGGCAAUUGACGAAUGCACAGGAGAUACGGAGAGUUCAAAAUCUCGUGGAGAACCAGCAGAGACUUCUGAUGCUCUGAAAAGCAGCCUUUUUAGGUUAGACAGGAUCCACAUGAUGACAAAGUUGAGGCCUUUUGUAAACAACUUUCUGAAAGAAGCAAGUGAUUUAUUUGAGAUGUAUAUUUAUACGAUGGGUGAGCGUCCUUAUGCGCUGGAAAUGGCUAAAUUGCUUGACCCUAGAGAUGUGUACUUCCAUUCUAGAGUGAUUGCACAGGGAGAUUCAACUCAGAGGCAUCAGAAGGGCCUUGAUAUUGUUUUAGGGCAAGAAAGUUCUGUCCUCAUCCUUGAUGAUACUGAAGUGGUAUGGGGAAAACACAAGGAGAAUAUAAUACUUAUGGAUAGGUAUCAUUUUUUUGCUUCAAGUUGUCACCAAUUUGGCUUUGAUUCUAAAUCACUUUCACAACUUAAGACUGAUGAAAGUGAAGAGAAUGGAGCACUUGCUACUGUUCUUGCAGUUCUUAAACGGAUCCAUGGUAUUUUCUUUGAUCAGAAACGUGGAGACAAUCUGCUGGACCGUGACGUGAGAGAGGUGCUAAAAGGAGUCCGUAAAGAAGUAUUGGAAGGUUGCAAAAUCGUUUUCAGCCAACUUUUCCCAACCAAAUUCCAGGCUGAAAAUCAUCACCUUUGGAGAAUGGCUGAGCAACUGGGAGCUACAUGCACCACGGAACUCGACCAAUCUGUUACGCAUGUGGUAUCAAUGGAUGCCGGGAUUGAAAAGUCUCGCUGCGCAUAGCAAGAGAAUAAAUUUCUAGUCCAUCCCAAGUGGAUUGAAGCUGCCAACUAUCUAUGGAAAAAGCAACCUGAGGAGAAUUUCCCAGUCACAGUCAGUACAACAAACAACAAAUAGUUAACCUUGUCAAAUCUGGGGCCAUUUUGUUUAUAAAUAUUAUGCUAUAGACAACUUUAGGUUGGUUUGCUCGGGUUCUAACAAUUAGGUUA